AUGGGGCCGCCGCGGGGCCGUUUGCCCGGGCUCUGCCUCCUCCUCCUGCUGCAGGUGAGCUGGGCGCUGGGCGAGCCGGCGGAGCCGUGCCGGGCCGGCUUUACCUUGGAGCGGUUCACGUUCGUGGUGCCCCGUGCGCAGCUGCUCCGGGGCCAGGUCCUGGGCCAAGUGAGGUUUGAGGACUGCACGAGCUGGAAGACGGUGCUGUACGAUGCAGAUGAUGCUGACUUCCGUGUGCUGGCGGAUGGGACGGUCCUGAUGAGACACCACACCCAGCUGCAUGGGCGGGGGAAGACUUUUACCGUGGAUGCCUGGGAUUCCACUGGCAAGAAAUUCUCUGCUUCAGUGACUGUGAAGACCCAAAGCCCUCACUCAGCACAGGAAUCUGCUUCAGACCAUCCAGCAGAGGUGCUGAUGUUCCCACAGGCCAGACCUGGUCUGCAGAGACAGAAGAGGGACUGGGUGAUCCCUCCGAUAAGGGUUCCUGAAAAUGAGAGGGGCCCAUUCCCUAAAAAGCUGGUUCAGAUCAAAUCCAAUAAGGAUAAAGUGACCAAGAUUAUCUACAGCAUCACAGGGCAGGGUGCAGACACCCCUCCCAAUGGCGUCUUCACCAUCGAGGCCCAGACCGGCUGGAUGAUGGUGACUCAGCCCUUGGACAGAGAAGACAUCGACAAAUACCACCUCUUCUCUCACGCCGUGUCUGAGAAUGGCAAACCCGUGGAGGAGCCCAUGGAGAUCAUCAUCACCGUGACUGAUCAGAAUGACAACAAACCCCAGUUCAUCCAGGAGCUCUUCAGAGGCUCGGUCCUGGAAGGAGCACUGCCAGGGACCUCUGUGAUGCAAGUAACUGCCACAGAUGCAGAUGAUGCUAUCGAGACCUACAACGGGGUCAUUGCAUACUCCAUCCUGAACCAAGAGCCUAAGGAACCCCAUCCCCAGAUGUUCACCAUCCACAGAGCCACUGGAGCCAUCAGUGUGAUUGCAAGUGGUCUAGACAGAGAGAGAGUGAGAGAAUACACGCUGACACUGCAGGCUGCAGACUUGGAUGGGGAAGGCUUAACAACCACUGCAUCCGCUGUGAUUGAGAUCGCGGACACCAACGACAAUGCUCCAGUGUUUGACCCCAGAACGUACACCGUGGCAGUGCCAGAGAACGAAGCGGGACGCGAGGUCCAGAGGCUGACUGUGACGGACACAGAUGAGAUCAACACGGCGGCGUGGCGGGCCGUGUACACCAUUGUGCGAGGCAACGAAGGAGGCUUCUUCACCAUCACCACGGAUCGCGAGACCAAUGAAGGCAUUCUGCGAACAGCUAAGGGCUUGGACUUCGAAGUGAGAAGCCAGUUUGUCCUCUACGUGGCGGCCACCAAUGAGGAGCCCUUUGUCGUGAAGCUCACAACCUCCACGGCCACUGUCACGGUGAACGUGGAGGAUGUGAAUGAGGCACCUGUCUUCGACCCGCCCAUCCGGACAGCCCAGGUCUCGGAGGACGUGCCGAUUGGGCAGAAAAUCACCUCCUACACGGCUCAGGACCCAGACAAAAUGCAGAGUCAGACUAUCCGGUACCGCAUCGGGAACGACCCCGCAGGGUGGCUGGAGAUUCACCCGGAAAACGGCAUUGUAACGGCGAAGGCCCAGCUGGACAGGGAGGCCGUGUUUGUGAAGAACAACACCUACACGGCCAUUGUGCUGGCAGUGGACGAUGGCACCCCUCCCGCCACUGGCACGGGCACCUUGCUUCUGACUCUUCUGGAUGUGAACGACAACGGGCCAGAGCCAGACCCUCGUGAGAUCACCGUCUGCAACCAGAAUCCAGUGCCACAGGUCCUGACCAUCCAGGACAAGGACCUGCCCCCGAACACCUCCCCCUUCAGAGCAGAGCUCAUCCAUGGAUCUGGUGUGAGCUGGGCUGCAGAAAUGGACAGUAAAGGGGAGAUGCUCACCUUGAAGCUGCUGGAGCCAUUGAAGAAAGACAUCUACCAAGUUUACCUGCGGCUCUUUGACAACCAGAACAAAGACCAGCUGACUGUCCUCAAGGCAGAAGUGUGCAACUGUGAGGGGCAUGCAGAGAAGUGCCCAGAGGAACGGCUGCCUGUUCUGGGGGUCCCCAUCAUUCUGGCCAUCCUGGGGGCUAUUCUGGCCCUGCUGAUCAUCCUGCUGCUGCUGCUCCUCUUUGUGCGGCGGAGGAAGGUGGUGAAGGAGCCCUUGCUGCUCCCAGAGGACGACACCCGGGACAACGUCUUCUACUACGGCGAGGAGGGAGGCGGCGAGGAAGACCAGGACUACGACCUCAGCCAGCUGCACCGCGGCCUGGAGGCUCGCCCCGAAGUCAUCGUCCGCAACGACGUGGUGCCGACCCUGCUGCCAGCUCCCCAGUAUCGGCCUCGACCUGCCAACCCCGAUGAGAUUGGCAACUUCAUUGAUGAGAACCUGAAGGCGGCCGACACUGACCCCACCGCCCCGCCGUACGACUCCCUGCUGGUGUUUGACUACGAGGGCAGCGGCUCCGAGGCGGCCUCGCUCAGCUCCCUCAACUCCUCCUCCGACCAGGACCAGGACUAUGACUACCUGAACGACUGGGGCGGCCGCUUCAAGAAGCUGGCCGACAUGUACGGCGGGGGCGAGGACGAGUAA